AGUUAAAGCCGUCGAGCGUCCCUUAUGCAUUUUCAAGGAUGUCAUUUUCGGUUGGGGCGCAUUCUUACAGAACCAUGCAGCUAAGUUGAUGAAGCCCCCAGCUAAGUGGCGGUGUAGUGCCAGCAUCAGAGGUCUGACCAAGGUGCAUUCAUUAAAGAAACAGCACCUUGGUGCUAAAGCAUGUUGGCUUUUAAUGAUAAAAUAGCACUUUCCGCUAAUUAUUUCCUCAGAGCUGCUGAGUASAGCACAGUAGCUCUUACAUUCAGCUGUGGAAGCCUGCCAGCACUGUUGAGCAACCAUUUAUCUUGUGGAGUGCCCAGUUUCCAGGACUGUGUCCGUGCCUGCACGCGAGCGAGCCCCUAAGAACUGCCUUUGUAUCCGUUGUUGCUCACUUCAAUAGUAUCGUUAACGACAAAGGAUUUGAACAAGACAUCUGACCUCGGAUCUGUUCUUAGUGGGGAUAACCUUCUCCCACUCUAAAGGUAAAAGAACUGUGUUGACUGUGUGGUCAUAAGURUAUCGACACUGGAGUACUCCAAGGAAACUCCCAAAUGUAACUUGGUGCAAUGGAAUGGGAAUAGUUGCCUCUCUCCCAUGUGAUGUGUAGYCUACGUCUUGGUCUCUGUUAUGCCAUAAUCUCUGGCCAAUCCUUCUUUCCGUCCUCCCAGUCUGAGGGCAGCAGUGUGUURUACCCUCAGUAACAUAGAUUCCUAAAAUGGUGGGGACGUUCUUUCUGCUCUGUGUCGGAUCCUGUCUCCUGCUGCUGGUUGUGCUGAGGCCUCGGAGGCCCAGGAACUUCCCGCCAGGACCACCGCCCGUUCCCAUAUUUGGGAACGUUCUGCAGCUGAGCAUGAAGAAUCCUAUGGCUGGCUUGGAUAAGCUGUCCGUAGAGUAUGGGGAGGUGUACAGCCUGUUCCUGGGCUGGAGGCCUGCCGUGGUGCUCCAUGGUCUACAGGCGGUACGGGAGGCACUUGUGACUAAAUCCCUGGACUUCGCUGGACGACCACAGGGCAUGAUGAUCAACCACGUUACAGAGGACAAAGGUCUGAUCAUGGGUAACUACGGGGCGGUGUGGAAGGAGCACCGGCGCUUUGCUCUGACCACCAUGAAGAACUUUGGUCUGGGGAARAGAUCCAUGGAGGAGAGGAUCCUGGAGGAGACGGAUCACGUCUGCACUCGGCUGGAAGAGAAUGCAGGUAAAUCCUUGGACCCUGUGACUCUGGUCCACAGCGCUGCGUCCAACAUCAUCUGCUCGGUCCUGUUUGGUCAUCGCUAUGACUACCAGGACCCAGUCCUCUCCUUCAUCAUCAACAGCUUCAAGGAGAACGCUCAGAUUGCUAACGGGCCCUGGGCUGCUGUCUAUGACACCUUCCCACUGCUGCGGCGGCUGCCUCUCCCCUUCCAGAGAGUGUUUGACAACUACAGAGCUCUGAAGAAACACACCGUGGAAAUAGUGGAGCAGCACAAACACACACGUGCGCCGGGGGAGCCGCGAGACGUCGUAGACUGCUAUCUGGAUGAGAUGGACAAGAGAGGUCCAGAGGGGUGUGUGCUGGAAGAGGAGAGGUUGGUGAUGUUACUACUGGACCUCCAUUUCGCUGGGACUGACACUAGCUCCAAUUCCAUACUCACGGCGCUGCUCUACCUAGCUACACACACACACAUACAGGCCCAAUGUCAGACAGAGAUUGACGGUGUUCUGGGGGGGAAGGAGAGAGUGUCGUUUGAGGACAGACACAGGAUGCCCUAUGUGAUGGCCACUAUCCAUGAGACCCAGCGUCUAGCCAAYAUCGCACCGCUAGGGGUGUUUCAUGCUACCAUCAGACCCACCAAGCUCAUGGGCUAUGACAUACCAGAGGGGACUCUGGUUAUCACCAACCUCACCUCUGUGCUCUUCGAGAGCAGCCAAUGGGAGCGUCCAAAUGACUUUAACCCUGCCCACUUCCUGAAUGAUGACGGGCAGUUUGUGAAACCAGAAGCCUUUCUGGUGUUCUCGGCAGGUCCUCGUGUGUGUCUCGGGGAGCUGCUGGCACGUAUGGAACUCUUCCUCAUCCUGGUCACUCUGCUGCAGCGAUUCCGCUUCCUGUGGCCAGAGGAUGCUGGGAACCCUGACCUUUCACCUGUGUUUGGGGGGAUCCAGUCACCCAAACCCUACAGGGUAUCAGUCAGACUGAGAGGAAACCAGGGAGCCUGAUGGAACCAGUUGGAGCCAGUGUUACUUUUAAAUAUGUCCCCACAUUAUUAUGGAGUAUGGAGGGGCUCCCGAGUGGCGCAGCGGUCUAAGGGACUGCAUCUCAGUGCUAGAGGUGUCACUUCUG